AUGGAUCAUAAUAGAGGUCGACGCCCCUUCCACUUUCUUGCUGCUUGGCUUACUCACCCUGAUUUUGGAAAUGUGGUUAAUAAUUCUUGGAAUAUUCAGACCUCCUGGACUGAGGGUUUAUCGACAUUUAAAGACCAUAUCAAGGAUUGGAACAGGUCGAUGUUUGGGAAUAUUUUCAAACGAAAGCAGAAAAUCCUUAGAAGAUUACAAGGCAUAACCAGCAGUUUGAUAUACAAUUCAAAUCCGUUUCUUGAUAAGCUACAACAGGACCUAUGGCGAGAGUAUGAAGAUAUCCUUAUCCAAGAAGAAAUUCUUUGGUUCCAGAAGUCUAGGUGCAAGUGGAUUGAGUUUGGGGAUCGCAAUACGAAAUUUUUUCAUGGCUCAACUAUGAUCCGAAGACGUAGAAACAAGAUUGUGUCUCUCCAGGAUGAUAAUGGAAAUUGGGUCACAGACAAGGCAACUCUCGAGAAUAUCUUCAACCAACCUGACAAGAUUGGAGAGGUUAAUGAAACUCUUAUUACUCUUAUCCCUAAAGUGGAUCAUGUUACUCACCUUAAACAAUUGCGGCCCAUCAGCCUAUCUUUGUUCUGGGGAGACACAGUUCCGAUAACAUCAUCAUCACCCAAGAAGUCAUCCACUCUAUGCGACAAAAAAAAAGGGAAGAAAGGAUGGAUGGCCAUCAAGAUUGAUUUGGAGAAAGCUUAUGACCGGUUAAAAUGGAGUUUCAUCAGUGACACCCUUAUGGAUAUUGGUCUUCCCCAAAUGUUUAUAAAGUUAAUUCUUAACUGCAUCUCAACUGCUAAGAUGAGAGUCUUGUGGAAUGGUGAAGAGUUGGAAGAGUUCUCCCCCUUAAGAGGCAUCAGACAGGGAGAUCCUAUAUCCCCCUACAUCUUUGUUCUCUGUAUUGAGAGGCUGUCCCAACUUAUUGGUGCAGCGAUGGAUCAUAAGUUCUGGAAGCCUAUCAGGCUGAAGAAGGACGGCCCACCUAUCUCUCAUCUCUGCUUUGCGGAUGACCUUAUCCUGUUUGCUGAAGCCAGUCUAGAUCAAGCCAAUGUUAUUAACAAAUGCCUUGAGACAUUUUGUGAAAGCUCCGGGCAGAAAGUCAGUAAAGAAAAGACUCGCAUUUUCUUUUCCAAGAAUGUGGGGCAUAAUGUCCGAACAGAGAUAAGCAACACGUUGCAAUUUGCCAGGACUGAUGACUUAGGGAAAUACCUAGGUGUUCCUAUUUUUCACUCUAAAGUCUCAAGAAAUACCUUUGAAGAUAUCAUCAACAAACUCAAUACCAGGCUCAAUUCCUGGAAAGCCUCAUCUCUUUCUCUUGCGGGAAGAGUUACCCUGUCUGCCUAUUUGCCUUCUUCUACUUGUGAUAUGAUUGAUCGUAAAUGCAGGAAUUUUUUUUGGGGAGAUACGGAGCAGUCUAAGAAGAUACACCUGCUAAAUUGGAAGAAAGUUUAUGAACCGAAAAAUUCUGGUGGAUUGGGUAUUAGACAUGCAAGCCAAAUGAACAAGGCGUUCAUGAUGAAGGCGGGAUGGGGUUUGGUUGAGAAGAAAGACGCACUUUGGGUCAGAAUUCUUAGAUCAAAAUAUGGCAGCGGUAACAAUGUCAUUCCUAGAGUAGAAAGGAAGAGGAGCAACUCGAAUCUCUGGAAAGGAAUUUGUCAGUUGUGGCCGGAAGUCCAAAGGCAUUGGGAUACUGGGAAGCUACAAGAACUAUUACCGGAGGAUGUGGUGAAAAAGAUAGUGGCGAUUUCUCCUCCCUCUCCAUGGAAGGGUACUGACCAUUUAGCUUGGGGCCUCACCCCUGAUGGGUUGUUCAACACCAAGUCAGCGUACCAGAGCUUGUCUGAAGGGCAACAUACUCCGAAUAUAGUUUUUAGGCAAGUCUGGAAUUGGCAAGGUCCGGAGCGAAUCAGAACGUUUCUCUGGUUGGUGGCCCAUAAUGCCCUCCUUACUAAUUCAGAGAGAAGGCGAAGACACCUGACGAACGAUGAUUCCUGCCCACGGUGCCAUCAUCAUGAUGAAACAGUUAUUCAUGUGCUACGAGACUGUUCCUACGCACAAUGCAUUUGGAAAUAUCUUCUCCCCCUCCCCCCAAUUUUGUGA